AUGGCACCGGACAAGCCAUCCACAGUCGUCGCAUAUGCGGCCGGCGCAUCUCUCGCAGCGGUAGCGGCAUUCUACGUCUUCAGCCCCUCCUUCUUCAUCGAUGGCGAGAAUUCACAAUAUCCAAACGAUGGGCGGAAACGAACCAUCAUCGGGCUGGCGAACCCGGCGAACGAUUGUUUCAUCAACUCCGUCCUGCAGGCACUGGCCGGCCUAGGUGACUUGCGCCUCUACUUGAUCAAAGAGCUCCAUAGACGGCAGCUGGAAGAGCACGGAAUCUACGACACGCCUCCGCUGGUGCUUAAGAGAGGCGAGAGGGCGGAUAAGAUCGUUCAGCUGCAGAAGGCUCCUGUUACCAAGGCUCUGAAGGACAUGUUGGAUGCGUUGAAUGAGCGGCCGAUCUACCGGAAGACGAUCAGUGCGAGGCCGUUGAUAGAAUCACUUGAGCGCGCAUUCUCUACACGGAUCAGUAGAAAUCAGCAGGACGCCCAGGAGUUUCUACAGAUCGUCUUGGAACGGCUGUGUGACGAGCAUAAGGCUUCUGAGAAUGCGAGACGGCGAGCUGUACAGAAGACUUUGCCUUCCGAUGGAUCCGGAGGCGAUACUGUUGGUGACGCGGAUUCCAUGCACCAGGAUCUGGCACGAAAGGAGGCCCGGGUGGGCGACAACGAUGCGUUCCCAUUUGAGGGGCGCAUCGAGUCCCAAAUCCAGUGCCAACAUUGUGGAUUCAAGACCAAACCGUCGGUAACGACAUUUGUAUCACUGACAUUAAAUGUACCCCAAAAAAGCUCGACUUCGCUAGAUAAUUGUUUCGACAUCCUACUCAAGAGCGAAGAGAUAGACGACUAUAAAUGCGACAAAUGCAGGCUGGUCCAUGCAAUCGACUGGAAGAAAGGUCUGUUGGGCAAGGCAAAGGCGGAUGAGGACCGGGAGACACUCGGUAAAGACAUAGAGCUUCUGGAAGAGGCUGUCCAGGCGGACCCCGAGAACUUGCCAGAGGAAGUGCAGCUGCCCGAUUCUAAACAGGCGCCGAAACGCAAGAUCCGGAAAUCGACAAGGAUAACGGUGUUCCCCAAGCUUAUUGCCAUCCACCUGUCCCGCUCUGUGUUCGACCCAGGCAGCUAUUCGAGCAAAAACACGGCCAAGGUGUCGUACACACAGCGGCUCCGCCUCGGUGGGAUUCUCAAUGAGCACUGGUACAAGCUGCUGGGCGUUGUGUGUCACAAAGGCAGCCACAACAGUGGACACUACGAAUCCUUCCGAAGGAACCACAUCUAUCCUCCAUUCGCUACUCCGGACGCUUUCAAAGCGUACGGAGAUGCCAGUCGAGCUGAAACGCCUUCGUUGUCUGCGGUGCCUUCUCCUCUGACCAAUGGCAAAGAUGUGCCCUCUGGUUCCACGCCCGCAGACCGAUCAUCGUCCUCGCUGUCUUCUGCAUCACCCUCUACACCGUCGCGCCCAUCCUCACAAGCUACAAAUCGGGCGGACGCCGCCAGCAGCACUGCGCCCACAAAAGACGAGACGCCAGUGCCAGCCCGAAACUCGAUUUACCGGACUGUGACACAAGGAUCGAAACCGCAAAUACAGUCGCACAAGUCUGAAGCGAAGCCUCGCCGCCGAAAGAAAGGGGCAGAACGGUGGUGGCGUAUAUCAGAUGAGAAAGUGAAAGAGGCGCGGACUUCGGACGUGCUGGGGAUGCAGAAAGAGGUCUAUUUACUGUUCUACGAGCUAGAAAGGCCGGGUGAAGAUAUGCUCUGA